AUGUCUACCGGAUUAAAUUUCAAAUUUUUCACAAAUAAAAAAAGGGCUCAUGUCCCAUCGACACAAUGGAACGAAUAUAAGGAAUUCAUUGAGGAUAAGCUAGAAUCUAAUAGCUCUCUUCAAGCUAUUGUCGAUGCUCUAAAAGAUGAGAAAGGGGUGACCAUCAAAAUGCACCAACUAAAGCGGUGCCUUGGAGACUGGGGACUCAGCAAAAGAAAUCUCAAACUCAAACAACGACAUUUCAUCUGGUCUAUUUUCCAGAAACAUAAACCUGAGGGGAAUCCGGGCCCGCGGCCGGUGUUUUUCUUUAAGGACAAUAAUCAAGUAGUACCGGAGAGUCAGGUUGAGAGUGCCCUUAAAGGGGACGGGAGCGAGUUUCGGAACUAUAAAGACAACGAUGCCAAAAGCCCAGGGCUGUCUUAUGCCAUACCACUCGCGGUACCGGUAGAUGGUGAUCCAGCAACUGAGAACCAGAUUCACGUUGACGAAAACAGGAACAGCCAUGCUGACUCCAUAGUCAGUCCAGCGGCAAAUGAAACAGACAAUGCCAAUGUCUACGAGCCAAUUGAGUUAUCUCGAGAAUUGAACACCAGCGCUUUGAAGGCGGACGGGCUCGAGCACCAAUCUGAAAACGUAAACGAAAGACACGAGACCAUUGAUAUCCCCAAACCAGUAGAUCACACAGACGAAAACCCCGAAGCCGUUCAGACUGUCUGCCAAGAAAUCUUGAAUUCAGUAGAUCGUAUCCACACAAACAAAGCCGUCUUGACAUCUGCAGAAUCAGAGACUACGCAAGAACGAUCAAGAGAUUAUUCAGCCGAGUUUUCUGUUAAGCUAGAGGAGUGGAUCGCGCUUGAAAAGCGUGUUGCGUCAUCUUUUUUGCAAGAAGUGGAAGAGGAAAAAGCACGCUCUGAAGGACCCGGAACGAGGGUCCUGGAUCGAUUAGAAUGUUAUUCACGGGUCCGGGCGCGAUGGUACCAGAAACAGCUUGAUACAACAUUUCCAGUUGAUUGGGAUCCGUUGCCCUAUUCGAUAUACCAGGAACUACAUCAACUUAAUACGGAUCCUAGCAAACGUGUGCGGAAUCCGAACCGACGAAACUUUGCCGUCUGGGAGGAGAUGCGCAUAUUUUAUACACAGCACCUUGACGACGUUGCGCAACGUGCUCUAAGUCAUUCUACAUCUCAUAUGGCCAACAUACAGUUUCAAUAUUCUGGUGCUCAUUAUCUAACCCUUGUCAAGCGCUUUGGACCAGAUCACUAUUUGACUGUCCGGGCCUUUCUAUCGUUUAUAAAUGAUCCUUCGGCACAUACGCUGCAUCAAGUCCCCAUCCAGAUGCUCUACAAGGUUCUUUGCCUUUUACAAAAGCUAGGCAUGCAAAUUCACAUGAGAACGAUCACUCUUCUAUGCUGCGCUUAUGAUAAAAUCCGCAAUGAGCUAAACGAAUCUGAAGAUAGCGGGAAUCUAAAAGAUCUUAUACCAUUAUGUCAACUUUGUUAUAAAAUACUGGAAACUAAAGUUCAAGAGGGUGCCCCGAUCCGAAUCGUCUACACAAAAUAUUCAGCAAUACAUAUGCUUGGCACAGCAUAUUUCAUCAAUAAAGAGACCGAAAGGGGGUUAUCAAUCAUGAGAUAUGCCAAAAAUCAACUUUUGAGGGUCAGCAAGCCAACUACUACCCUUGAUUGGUGGUCAUACGGGGGCUUCUGGUAUCGAAUAGGCAUGGAGAGCAUGGGUAUUGGGAUUCCGUUGGAAGGAAGAUCGAGCUUUCAACUAUCUUAUGAGUCUAUGCAGCAUAUCAUCACUGAGGAUAAUACAUAUCGGGAUUCUGCUUUUGACUGCCUGGCCUGGAUAGCCGAAGCGUGUGGCAAGCUUGGAGAAUACAAACUUGCGAUAGAACACGAAAAAAAGUUUAUGGAUUUUCGCAAGGAAAAAUUUGGAGAACAUGAUCAAUGGUAUCUUUAUAGUAUACAAAAUGCUACUGAUUAUAUGGAACACAGGGGGCUUGUUCGUUACUCACAGCCCAUCCUACGUCUUACAAUUGAAACAUGUGAAGCGACAGGCGUUAGCGAAGAAAAAUAUCGCAGAUUGCUGCAUCAGUAUUAUGGACAAUCCCACCUUCUGGAUACAAGUGGGUUCGACGCAUCAGCAUACGGAUUUCAAAACUGGGGCGGUGCAAUGCAAUUCAAUUGA